CUCCGAACGAUCAACAGACAGCGAAACAGCUGACUGACACCGAGCCAGGCACUUUAAAUCAAAAUUUAAAGGGAACCAGAUGAGAGAAUAGAACAGACUUUCGCCCGUGUUGUACAUAAUUUUUCUCUCGUAAAUCGCCAAGGUUAAGUAGUGAUCCGAGUGCAGUGAUACCCGUAGGAAGGAACAUGGACUUGUACUGUUGCGAAACCGCAGAAAAUGAAACGAAAGCUUACGACGAUCCGACGCUGUUGCAGGAGAGAGUACUCAAGAAUCUGCUCAAAACCGAGGAUAGGUACACGCUGCCCUAUCCCGCCUCGCUAGACGUGCAGAAGGAGGUCACGGCUGAGAUGCGGAAGAUCGUCGCCGAGUGGAUGCUGGAGGUGUGCGAGGAGCAAAAGUGCCAAGACGAAGUUUUCACCUUAGCAAUGAACUGUAUGGAUAGAUUUUUAAUGUGUUGUUCGAUUAUGAAAAACCAGUUGCAAUUAUUAGGUACUACGUGUAUGUUGUUAGCGUCGAAAUUAAGGGAAUCCCAGCCUUUGGCCAGUGAAAUUUUAGUGUACUAUACGGAUCACAGUGUCACGAAAAAGCAACUCUGGAGUUGGGAACUUCUAGUCUUAAGUAAGUUAAAAUGGGACGUGUCCGCGGUGACGCCGCACGACUUCCUGAAGCACCUGCUCAAGAGGCUGCCUCUCGAAGAAUGUGGAAUUAGCGAGGAUUCGGUGUUGAAAAACGCCAAAACGCUUAUCACUCUGUGCGCGAGAGAGUUCAUUUUUUCGAGGUACCACCCAAGUAUUAUCGCAUGUGCGAGCAUAGUGUCGGCGCUUUGCGGGGCCGGAUGGGUCUACAAAAGCGGACACAGCCUUCAGGAUCUUUUGCAGAGAUUAACCGAAAUCACCAACAUAGAGAAGGAGUACGUGGAGCAGUGCGUGGUGCAGAUGGAAAAGAUGAUCCAAGAAUCGUCCUGCGGCGAUCAAAAUUCGUCGGCGGGCGAGGCGGGGGCGCUGCGAAAAGAACAAAUAACGCCGCCGCCGAUGGGCAAGGACCAGCAACACCAAACGGCGGAGACGCCGACGGACGUGCACUCCAUAGACUUUUGACUAAAACAGUAAAAGUGCAAGUGAUAGAAAACUAGAGCUUCCAAAAAACAAUUUUUAAAUUUUUGUCUAAUUUAGUACCUUAACGAAGAGAUAAAACACUUAUUUUUUAUAAUUUUUCACGCGAAAACCGCUAUGAAUACCUAGGAGAGAUGUAGAGAGAAAGGGGCAUAAGAAGAAGAAUAUGAACGUGUCGUCAUGAUGAACUUCGGGGGAAGGCAAUACAUUACGCUUUAAGUCAUAAAUAAUCUAGUAUGUAGUUUGUUUAUUGGUUGUUUCGAAUUGGAAGGGCCGAACUGAAAUAGCUUUAUUGUUUAGUAGGUGUCUUAUUUUGAGGUUUCUAAUGGGCUACGGGCGAAAUAGGUGCAAUAUUUUAUAAGUUACCAACUUAAAAAAAAACUUUUUAAAUUACAUUUACAGGAUUCAAAAAACUAUGGCAAUAAAACAAACACCCGCUUUAUUGAAGGGUGUAUGAUUUGUUGUGAAGUUUACCCACCCUGUAUUUACAGUAUUCAACAUCUGGAAACAAUUACAGCAGCUUUUAAAAAAAGCAAUUAAAAAAUUUUAAUCGAUCAAUUUCUACUCUGCAAAUUACAAAAGAUAUGUAAAUAAUCAAGUGACUUGUCGUUUUGCAUAGAUUUUUAUAGAAAAACGUGGUAAUUGAUAAUAAAAAAUGCGAUUUUCAGUGCGGGCCUGCCACUUUGAUUUACAAUAUUUGGGUUAAUAUACAGUAACGUAAAAAUUUAACCUUUAUAGUCAUUUGUAAAUACACGAUUUUUGUUCCUGAUUUUGAUUAUAGAGUUUGUAAAUUAUUUCCUAUAAAAUAUGAAACGUUAAACUGUUCUGAUGCACAAUUUUCAGUAAUUUUUUCGAGAGCUCUGAAAUUGAGAUGUACUAGUUGAAAUUUGUGUAACAGAAUUCGUUUUAAAGACUGUGCUCUUUUUGAGUUUAAGGAGUAUAUUCAUGAAUUAUGUAAGAUUUAUAGUGAAUUUCGUCUGAAUGGGGAAAUUGUAAAAAAAUUCAAUACAAAUCCUAAUUUUUGAAUAAACUCCUUAUAGUUACGACUUAAUUUAAUCCUAAUUUAAUAAUUAUGUACAAAAAAUAGGUUUUCCUAAUUAUUUUUAAAUAAGUUAAUACAUGUAUUUUUCAAUGCAAAACUAUUCUACGUUAUAUCAUAUUCAUACCAACAUUUCGUUUGACUUAUUUAA